UAGAGCAUGGUCCAUGUUGUGUUUUCUGUAACCUAAAAAUAUUUGUAAUUUUAAGUUUUUAUUUUAAAUAUGCCACCGAAACGGGCACCACCAAAGGCAAAGCCACCAAAAAUCGUGGAUUCCUCCGCAGAAGAUGGAAACAGCGAUGUUCUUGAUUCUGAAAUGGUUAACCAAUUUCAACUUGAGUUAUGUUGGUGCAUACAAAACUUGCAACAAGCUUUAGCAAGUGGCAAAUUGAGCUCCAAACAAGUGCAGGACCAUACAAAGGCUUUAAACACUUUAAUGAACAAUGCUGCACCGUUGGUGAAGAGAAGGCAAGUUAUGAGACUUUCAUUUGGUGAUUACCGUAAGAAAAUGGCAGAAGAUGCCAAAAAGUUCAAUAAAGUAAAAGGAAAUAUUACAUUGAAAGCAGCCACACCAAGUACUGAUUCCAUGUUUCUAAAGAAAUCAGCAAAACCUGAAACAAAAAGCUCCAAUUUAACCAGUGAUUUAUCCAAUUUGAAAUUGGAAGUCGAUAAUGAGAAAGUGGAAACAAAGAGCAAUGACAAAACUGAAUUCAGUUUUAAACCAUCCAAUAAUAGCUUCCAAUUUAAUUUCAACAUUGAAGAAAAUAAAUAAAUAAUUUUCAUUUACCUUUUAACACA